UAAAAUUGUCCUUUAUUUAUGAGCAAGUUUUCCUUCAGGGCUCGUUUAUAACAUUUGUACUUUGACAAUUAUAUCUUGAUGCUUAUGAGGGCAUAACAAUGGUGGGUCUUGCCAGGAAGGCACUCCAGGGACUGGCCUGGCCCACGGUGUUGUGGACUCGCUCAGUACAGGUAUAUGGCGUUGUCGAUAUCUACACAGGCCGGAGGGGCUUAGAAUGGAAAGGGGAGAUGUGUGGAGGCCUGCUCGGAGGUCCAUUGGGGGUGGAGGCAGCGAGCGAGUGAAGCAACGCACCCCCUAGUUAGUUAAACUGUGGCAGCCCUUAUGUCCCAGUGGCCAUGUGUCCCGGGGUGACGGGUUCUUCCCGCCACAGGCUCAGGGACCAUUGUGGCAGAGAUGAGCACUGGGGCCAUGCACAGCCACAGCCUGUGCCCCAAACUUUACCGUCCAUUCAGGGUCCAGGGCAGCCGUGGUGAUGGCUCAGGGACCAUUGUGGCAAAGAUGAGCACUGGGGCCAUGCACAGCCACAGCCUGUGCCCCAAACUUUACCGUCCAUUCAGGGUCCAGGGCAGCCGUGGUGAUGGCUCAGGGACCAUUGUGCCAAAGAUGAGCACUGGGGCCAUGCACAGCCACAGCCUGUGCCCCAAACUUUACCGUCCAUUCAGGGUCCAGGGCAGCCGUGGUGACGGCUCAGGGACCAUUGUGGCAAAGAUGAGCACUGGGGCCAUGCACAGCCACAGUCUGUGCCCCAAACUUUACCGUCCAUUCAGGGUCCAGGGCAGCCGUGGUGACGGCUCAGGGACCAUUGUGCCAAAGAUGAGCACUGGGGCCAUGCACAGCCACAGCCUGUGCCCCAAACUUUACCGUCCAUUCAGGGUCCAGGGCAGCCGUGGUGAUGGCUCAGGGACCAUUGUGGCAGAGAUGAGCACUGGGGCCAUGCACAGCCACAGCCUGUGCCCCAAACUUUACCGUCCAUUCAGGGUCCAGGGCAGCCGUGGUGACGGCUCAGGCAUUAAGUUUCUUCCACUUCAACAGUAGAUCAUGUUUGUAAAGGUAAUUUCUGCUGUAAAACUUUCUUAAAGCAGGACAGAUAUUUCUUUAUUGGCAGCUGUCAGCAGGCAACAGAAUGCAACAUGUUGUGAAUAUCUUGAUAAGUUAUCCAGCAAUGAUGACAAGUUAGUAAUGCUUCAAAGUGCAGGUUACAGGUCAACCCCUAACCAAGUCAACUCACUACCCAUCAGCUCACUCCCCUGGUCAACUAACCAGGUAACUCACUCCCUGGUCAACUAACCAGGUUAACUCAUUCCCUGGUCAACUAACCAGGUAACUCACUCCCUGGUCAACUAACCAGGUAACUCAUUCCCUGGUCAACUAACCAGGUAACUCACUCCCUGGUCAACUAACCAGGUAACUCACUCCCUGGUCAACUAACCAGGUAACUCACUCCCUGGUCAACUAACCAGGUAACUCACUCCCUGGUCAACUAACCAGGUAACUCACUCCCCUGGUCAACUAACCAGGUAACUCACUCCUUGGUCAACUAACCAGGUAACUCACUCCUUGGUCAACUAACCAGGUAACUCACUCCCCUGGUCAACUA